GGUGCACAAUCUAGACCCCUAUCUGGUGCAACGAUGAUCACACCGACCAAUAAUGACUUGCACCUAGCACAUUUGUGUUUCCUCGAAAACUGUGAUGAUGUCCAACCAUACUUUAUUGAACAUAUGGGUGCUUUGGUGAAAACGUAUCCACAACGUUCUAAUGAUGAGGAGUGGCUCAAGAACAAGCAAAACGAAACUUUCCCGGGCUGGUUUCGUAGAAAA